AUGAGUGGUGGUGACGGCAACAUUACUGAAGAGAAACCAAGUGAUGCUGACAGCAGUAGCAAUUCAAAUGAAAAUUCCGAUGAAAGCGAAAGUAGUGAUGAAGAAGUUAAGGUUGAACUAAUGGUAAAUGCACGUGCCAGGCGUUCAACUGCAGGCAACAAGAUGUCAGCUCUGAUUGAAUCGACUACGCAGGAAGAUGAAUUUUACAAAAGUGCUUAUGGAGGAGGUUUCAACGAUGACGAUACAGAUGACGUGUUUGAAUCUCCGGUACACUCAGACGUAGAUGAAGUUGAUUCUGAUUUUGAUAAACCGGAAGAAGAAGACGAGCCUAUUAGCGGUGAUGAAAAUGAAGAAAAGCGUACGCGGAGGAAAGGCACAAAAGGUUAUAAGGAACCUUCCCGUGGCACUCGUACUGAUUCAUCUAAAAACAAAGCAUGGGCUAUGGCAAGAAUGGCUGGCAAAGUCGUCGCUGCCAAUUCAGUUGAUGCAAAAACUCAGGCAGCCCGGUUAAAGGAAGCUGAGCAGACCGAGAAGGCCAACAUUGAGUCGCUCAGAAAGUUAGUUUCUUAUUUAUUCCUUUCAAUUAGUCUUUUUUNUUUUUUACUUCGAAGGUGA